CAGUCGAAAACGGCCGCAGGCAGAUUGGAACGGGACAUAAGUGAGAUAUAAAGAAACCGAAAAAGUUAAGUGACCCUGUAAGGCACAAUGCCUUCCGCAAAGGUGUUUUUUCUCCUUGCUGUGCUGGGAGUGACACUUCAUUGUCAAGUAUUAGCAAGACCGCAAAAACGAUCUACCAAAGGAUCGAUUCGUGUAGUGGGAGAUAAUGGUGACUUUUUACCGCGAACAGUGAUUCCCACCACUUACAUUGAAAUGAAAAGGACUAAACUAUUGCGUGGACAAUAUAGUUAUACAUUGGGCGAAAGGAUAACAGGUGACCAAUUGGCGGAUCAACAAGAGGAUAGUGAUGAUUUUCCGGCUGCUCGAGAUGUGGAAGCGACUAUUAGUUACCCAACCUCGUCGACGGGGUUAACAUUGACCUACAUAAAUAUCCUAGUCGAGCAAUCUUCGGAAGAUGGGAAAGCGUACGUCACGCAGGGCGGAAUUAAUCAAAAAUUCGCAGAUAUCUUGGUUAUUGCGAAUGCUACAACACACUACGCUCAUUCCGGUGCUUUCUAUGGCUAUUAGGCCAAUUUACAGUUUUCAAAUCUAUUUUGUGUUUAUCUUUGGUGAUUUAUAUAAAUUUAAAGAAAUAAAUUGGUUCUUGUGCGAA